AUGCAUGGAACUAAUGUUCCCGCUCUCGAAGUCAUCCAGCGAUUGGAACCCGUCGAGACAACUAGCAGGGAAAUGCUGCAGCUUUACUUUAUUUCUGGCCUCAUGUUCCUGGGUUCAACCAUGGGUGGCUUUGACGGUUCUUUGAUGGGCAAUAUGUUGGCAUUGCCCUCGUUCCAGCAACAGUUUGGCGCAACUAUCAUUGGAGUACAAACAGCAUAUAUCUCCAGCAUGUACCAGAUUGGCUCGGUUUGCGCUUUGCCAUUCAUUGGACCUUUGACGGACACGUGGGGCCGUCGAGUUGGCAUCGCAACUGGGUGUGUUUUGAUCAUUAUGGGCACUAUCAUCCAAGGAACAUCAGCCGCCCUGCCACAAUAUCUCGCUGGGAGGUUCUUUCUUGGCUUUGGUGGAUGCGUCGCCAAUGUUGCUUGUCCUUCAUACGUUGUCGAAAUCGCCCAUCCUGCGUAUCGCGGUGUCAUUACAGGAUUAUACAACUGCUGCUACUAUCUUGGUGCCAUCCUGGCCGCUGCCGCACUCCGAGGCAGCCUGCACUACCAUGACAACAGGUCAUGGUUAAUACCGACGUGGGUCCAACUCAUAUUUCCAGUCAUCUUGCUUCCAGCCUGCUACCUCUUCCCUGAAUCCCCGCGUUGGUUAUUUGUUCACGGAAAAGGAGAAAGAUGUCGCGAUGUCCUGGUAAAAUAUCAUGGAAACAACAACCCCGAAUCCUUAUAUGUCCAACUUCAACUUCGCGAAUUCGAUGAAGAUCUCGAAAUCAACGGCGCGGACAAGCGCUGGUGGGACUACCGCGUCCUCUUCAAUUCGCGACCAGCCAUCUACCGUGCUAUUCUUUGCGCAGUAGCCGUCUCAGCUUUCAGCCAAUGGGCAGGCCAGAGCAGCGUUUCAUAUUUCUUGCCUGCGAUGCUGUCCACAACUGGCAUUAAAGAUUCCACCACCAUCCUGAAUAUCAACCUCGGCAUCACCAUCACCAGCGGCGCGGCAGCGUGCUUCGGUGCUAGUCUCAUGGACCGCUUCGGCCGUCGCAAGAUGCUCAUUUCCUGCUGUGUAUUGAUGGCCGUACUAUGGGCCGGCAUGCUGGGCGGCACAGGCGCCUACUACGAGAACAAUAACACAAAGGCUGCGAAGGCAUCUAUAGUCUUCGUCUUUCUCAUUGGCAUCGUCUUCUCCGCAGCUUACACCCCAUUACAAGCUCUUUAUCCCGUAGAAUGCCUUUCAUAUGAACAGCGCGCCAAAGGCAUGGCUUUGCAGAAUAUGGCUGGUAAUGCUGCCAGUCUCGUCAACCAGUUUGCCUUUCCCAUCGCGUUAGGUGAUAUCACGUGGAAAACGUACUUUAUAUAUCUAGGAACGUGCACGGCAGAGGCAGUUUAUUAUUACUUCAUUAUGGUAGAAACAAAGGGACAUACACUGGAGGAACUUACGGAGAUAUUCAAGGCACCGAAUCCGAGACUGGCAUCAUUGGCCAAGAAGGAGCAAGUUGAGGAGGCUGUAGUUCAGAUUCAGACCAAAUCCGUCUGA